UGUUGCGCUGAAUUAACUUUUAUUGCGCACUCGAAAUUGUUUUCAUUUGCUUGCACCGAACAUGACGCUCUCCAGUUGUAAAUUCUGACCAGUUAGGCUGCGUCGGUCGUCAGUAACGCCGAACAGGCUAGCGGGUACCAUCAUUUGCCGCGCACCAUUUGAGACUGUCAUUUCAGUUUGCACUGAUAACAUCUGACUACGGCUCGGAUUCGACCCAGAAAAUAUGUCGCUGCUGGUGGAGUACACAGAUCCGGAGUGGCGCGGUCUAAACAUGCGCACCCUUGGCGUCGACCAGGCCUACAUGUACCUGCGGUCGGAGUAUGCUCAGCACAGUUUUCUCUAUACGCUUUCCGACGAAUGCUAUACGUGCCCCUACACCAAAGUGAAAGCUCUGCCCGCCGCUGGCAGUGGACAGCAGUUGCAACCGUUACAGCUGAGCACGGCGUACGCUUUGAAUUUCAAAAUCUUUCAACACGAUCAGGGUCGCUAUGCAUUCGAGAAUGUCUCUUCCCUCUGCUGGCUGCGCCGCACCGAUCUGCAGGAGUUCGGCGUCUACAAUCUGACGCUCCUGGCCAAUGGUAGCUGCGACUUUGCCGUGGACAAGCCGGGCGUGCCCAUCAACUAUGCAUUCCUCUCCGUGUUCGUGCUGGUGGCCGCAGUGCUAAUCCUCCUGAAGCUAGGAAGCUACGCCUGGCGUUGCCAUCGCUACGAUGAGGCUGCUGCCGCGGCGGACAGCAUUGGGGCCGCUGCCGCAAAGGCAACGCAACGCAAGCGGAUGCGAAGUCUGGACACGUUCCGCGGGCUGUCCAUUGUAUUGAUGAUAUUCGUGAAUAGCGGGGGCGGUGGGUAUGCGUGGAUCGAGCAUGCCGCUUGGAACGGACUGAAUCUCGCCGAUCUGGUCUUUCCCUCCUUCCUGUGGAUCAUGGGCGUCUGCAUACCCCUCUCGGUCAAGGCGCAACUAUCGCGCGGCAACAGCAAGGCUCGCAUUUGUUUGCGCAUCCUGUGGCGCUCCAUCAAACUCUUUGCCUUCGGCCUUUGCCUCAACUCGAUGACCGGUCCCUCGCUGGAGCAGCUGCGUCUGAUGGGUGUGCUGCAGCGUUUCGGGAUUGCCUUCCUUGUUGUCGGCAUCUUGCACACCCUCUGCAGCCGUCGGGAGCAGGUGCUGCCGCAGAGUGCCUGGCAUCGUGCCAUCUACGAUGUCUGUCUAUUCAGCGGGGAGCUGGCCGUACUGCUGGCCCUGAUCGCCGCCUAUCUCGGCAUGACCUUCGGCCUGCCUGUGCCCGGCUGUCCGCGCGGCUAUUUGGGGCCCGGCGGCAAGCACGAUCUGGCUGCCCAUCCGAACUGCAUUGGCGGUGCCGCCGGCUAUGUGGACCAGCAGGUCCUGGGCAAUGCACACAUCUAUCAGCAUCCCACGGCCAAAUAUGUCUACGAUUCCAGUGCCUUCGAUCCCGAGGGAGUCUUUGGCUGCCUGCUUAGCAUUGUUCAGGUAUUUUUGGGCGCCUUUGCCGGUCUCACGCUGCUCGUCCAUCCCACCUGGCAGAGCCGCAUCAGACGAUGGCUGCUCCUCUCGAUUCUCCUGGGACUCAUGGGCGGUGUCCUGUGCGGCUUCUCCCGUGAGGGUGGCGUGAUACCCGUGAACAAGAACCUCUGGUCACUCUCCUUUGUGUUUGCUACCGUCAGCGUGGCGCAGCUCCUGCUUGUCCUGCUCUACUACAUCAUCGAUGUGGGCGAUGGCUGGUGGUCGGGCUGGCCCUUCUCCGAAUGCGGCAUGAAUGCCAUCAUCAUGUACGUGGGCCAUUCAGUACUGCACAAAAUGUUACCCUGGCACUGGCGUAUCGGGGCCAUGAACACCCAUUUUGUGCUGCUGCUAGAAUGCACGUGGAACACGUUCCUGUGGGUGGGCAUUGCCCUCUACCUGGACGCUCAUGAAUUUUACUACAGUUUGUAAAAAACAUUCGAUUUUAUAGCUUAAUCUUGUCCCACUAUGUACAAUAAAUGUAAAACUGUUCUGUUUUUUAUGUCAAUC